AUGGACCUGUCCUCUGAGCAGCUGCUCCCACUAAAACUUUUCUUUACGGACUACGGGAAUGUGGCCAAAGUGGAGCGGUGUGACAUGGAUGGCAUAAACAGAACCAGGAUAAUUGAUUCCAAGACAGAGCAGCCAGCUGCACUGGCACUAGACCUAGUCAACAAAUUGGUUUACUGGGUAGAUCUUUACUUGGACUACGUGGAAGUGGUGGACUACCAAGGAAAGAACAGACAUACUAUUAUUCAAGGCAGACAAGUCAGACAAUUUUAUGGUAUAACUGUGUUUGAAGACUAUUUAUAUGCAACCAUUUCUGAUAACUUCAACAUCAUAAGGAUAAACCGAUUUAAUGCCACAGAUAUGCAUUCGUUCAUUAAAAUGGAAAAUGCUCGAGGACUCCGAAUCUAUCACAAAAGAACUCAACCUAUAGUCAGAAGCCAUGCAUGUGAAGUGGAUCCAUAUGGAAUGCCAGGGGGAUGUUCGCACAUCUGUCUGCUCAGCAGCAGCUACAAAACACGGACCUGUCGCUGCAGGACUGGCUUCAACUUGGGAAGUGAUGGCAGGUCAUGCAAAAGACCCAAGAAUGAGUUGUUCCUUUUUUAUGGGAAAGGACGCCCAGGAAUUGUUAGAGGAAUGGACUUGAAUACCAAGAUAGCUGAUGAAUACAUGAUCCCCAUAGAAAAUCUGGUAAACCCUCGAGCUUUAGAUUUUCAUGCAGAAACCAAUUAUAUCUACUUUGCUGACACCACCAGUUUCCUAAUUGGCCGGCAGAAGAUAGAUGGCACAGAGCGAGAAACCAUCCUGAAAGAUGACCUGGACAAUGUAGAAGGCAUUGCUGUGGACUGGAUUGGACAUAACCUUUACUGGACAAACGAUGGCUCCAGGAAGACCAUAAACGUGGCCAGGCUGGAGAAGGCCGCUCAGAGCCGGAAGACCCUUCUGGAGGGAGAGAUGUCCCACCCCAGAGGGAUUGUGGUGGAUCCUGCUAAUGGCUGGAUGUACUGGACAGACUGGGAGGAAGAUGAGAUAGACGACAGCGUGGGAAGGAUCGAGAAGGCCUGGAUGGAUGGCUUCAAUCGGCAGAUUUUUGUGACUUCAAAGAUGCUGUGGCCAAACGGUUUAACUCUGGACUUUCACACCAGCACCUUAUACUGGUGUGAUGCCUAUUAUGAUCAUAUUGAAAAGGUGUUUUUGAAUGGAACUCACAGGAAGGUUGUUUACAGUGGGAAAGAGCUGAACCAUCCUUUCGGACUGUCACAUCAUGGGAAUUAUGUGUUCUGGACUGAUUAUAUGAAUGGUUCCAUUUUUCAACUAGAUUUGAUAACGAAUGUGGUGACAUUACUGAGGCGAGAAAGACCACCCCUGUUUGGGCUUCAGAUUUAUGACCCACGAAAGCAGCAAGGUGACAAUAUGUGCCGAGUGAAUAACGGGGGCUGUAGUACACUGUGCUUGGCCAUCCCAGGAGGCCGAGUAUGUGCUUGUGCUGAUAAUCAGCUUUUAGAUGAAAAUGGAACAACUUGCACAUUUAAUCCGGGAGAAGUAUUACCUCACGUAUGUAAAGCUGGAGAAUUUCGUUGCAAGAACAGGCACUGCAUCCAAGCUCGGUGGAAAUGUGAUGGUGAUGAUGACUGCCUGGACGGAAGUGAUGAAGAUGCAGAGAAUUGCUCCAAUCAUAGCUGUCCUGAUGAUCAAUUUAAAUGUAAGAACAAUCGCUGUAUCCCCAAGAGAUGGCUUUGUGACGGAGCUAAUGAUUGUGGGAGCAAUGAAGACGAAUCCAAUCAAACUUGUGCAGCCAGAACAUGCCAGGUGGACCAGUUUUCUUGUGGCAACGGGCGCUGCAUUCCCAGAGCAUGGCUGUGUGACAGGGAAGAUGACUGUGGUGAUAAGACAGAUGAAAUGGCAUCUUGCGAAUUCCCAACUUGUGAGCCACUGACUCAAUUUAUAUGCAAAAGUGGAAGGUGCAUUAGCAGCAAAUGGCGCUGCGACUCUGAUGAUGACUGUGGGGACGGGAGUGAUGAAGUCGGCUGUGUUCACUCUUGCCUUGAUCAUCAGUUCAGAUGUUCCAGCGGCAGAUGCAUCCCAGGCCAUUGGGCCUGCGAUGGUGACAAUGACUGUGGAGACUUCAGUGAUGAAACCCAAAGCAAUUGUACCAAGGAAGGGUCAUAUAGUCCAACAAAUGGACUUUCUGGAAAGCUAGAUAAUGGAGGAGGAUAUCAUGACCAUGACUUUCAGCAUAUCCAUGGGCAAUUGGGUCUUGUCAUUUGCAUGAGUUACUUUGCAAAUGCGAUGAACAAUAAGGAAAUAUUAAUAAAUUAG